GUGUUUUGUAUAACUAUAUAAGUCUAUAACACAACCACAGAGGCAGAGCAACCGAAACACAGAUAAUCUGCGGACCACAACCAAUACCUCCAAUCAUAACCAAAAAGCCCCUUUACUUUCUCUGCUUCAAUCUGACUGAAACACACUCGUCAUAUUGAAGGCUCAGGGAUUUGUGGGACCUAGCUGGUGGUGUUUUGAACCACUGGUAGCUAUUUGUUGGUGGCCUCUUAGAGCAUUCAUUUCCAGCUCAACAAAAUAGCCAAAAUGAUGGAAGCACCAAAUUCUGAACAUGGUCAUAUAAUUGAAGUCUCUGGAGAUGUACCAGCAGUGGGAACAAGUCUGUCUGGGAGUAAGAUUUGUGGGGAAGCAGCAUGUGGAUUUUCGGAUGCAAAAACCAGUUCCAGAGAUUCCAUGGAACGGUCAGCAUCCAUGAGGAAGCUUUUGAUGGCUGUUGUACUCUGUGUCAUUUUCAUGAGUGUAGAAGUUGCCGGAGGUAUUAAAGCCAACAGUCUUGCAAUUUUGACUGAUGCAGCUCAUCUGCUGUCUGAUGUUGCUGCAUUUGCAAUUUCGCUGUUCUCACUCUGGGCAGCAGGAUGGGAGGCAACUCCACGUCAGUCUUACGGUUUCUUCAGAAUUGAAAUAUUGGGUGCUCUCGUUUCCAUCCAAAUGAUAUGGCUUCUUGCUGGAAUCCUUGUUUAUGAAGCCAUUGCUAGAAUUAUUAAUGAUACCGGUGAGGUUCAGGGCUUUCUUAUGUUUGUUGUUUCUGCAUUUGGUUUAGUGGUCAAUAUUGCCAUGGCUCUCUUGUUGGGACAUGAUCAUGGUCAUGGCCAUGGCCAUGGCCAUGAUCAUGCACAUGGUGGACAUGAUCAUGGCCACGGAGAUCAUGGUCAUAGCCAUGGGGGUCAUGAUGAAAUACAUAACCAUGGGAUAACCAUUACAACGCACCCUCUUCAUCAUAAUCAUCAUCAUGAUCAUCAUCAUGGGGGACAUUCCAAACAUGAUGAGCACCAUCAUGCUUACAAAGCAGAUCUCACCGAGCCUCUGCUGAAGACAUGCUGUGAAGGUGAAAAGCAGUCAGUCCAUGGAGCUAAACAGAAGAAGCAGUGGAACAUUAAUGUACAAGGGGCUUAUCUUCAUGUACUUGGGGAUUCCAUUCAAAGUGUUGGGGUUAUGAUUGGUGGGGCAAUCAUAUGGUAUAAGCCUGAGUGGAAGAUUAUUGAUGUGAUAUGCACCCUUGUAUUUUCCGUGGUUGUGCUAGGCACAACAAUCAGGAUGCUGCGGAACAUUCUGGAGGUUUUGAUGGAGAGCACGCCUCGAGAAAUUGAUGCCACAAAGCUUGAGAAAGGUCUCUGUGAGAUGGAUGAGGUAGUUGCUAUCCAUGAGCUGCACAUUUGGGCCAUAACCGUGGGGAAAGUCUUAUUGGCUUGCCAUGUUAUAAUCAAGCCUGAGGCUGAUGCUGACAUGGUACUGGACAAGGUUAUCGACUAUAUCCGAAGAGAGUACAACAUCAGUCACGUGACUAUUCAGAUAGAGCGUCAGUAGAUCCAGAGAGCGUAAUCAAUAAUAGGCAUCAAAAUUAAGAGCUUGUGCAAUGACUGGUUAAAUUGCUCAUGAAGUAGGCAUGGAUGGAUUGGGAUCCCCUACAAUCCCCGUGCCCGGAUUGCAGGGGAUUCCUGCAAGUGUGAGAGGUCCCUACUUGGGGAGGUGGACUCCAUUUUGGGCCUCUCACAAUUUUCUGUCCAAUUGCUAGGGACAACAAUUGUAGGGGAUCUCAAUCCUAAAUUGAUGAGGCUGUGGGCCUGUUGUUUUGUUUUUGAUGUGGUGCCACUAUUAAUAGAGAUGGUCUUGGCCUGCUCCCGUUGAGAUGAGCAAUAACUUUUGGGGGGUCAGUAAAUAGGCGCUCUUUGUGCUGAUUAGUAUUGUAGUAUGCAGUAUGUAGUGGGUGCUCUGUAACAAAGUAUAAAGGAGUAUUGGAAGAGGUUCUAUUUGCAUGUUUAUCUCUCAUGCAGUACAAUAUCUGGGGGACUUUUUAUUUGCCGAUGUCUACUGAUACAAUCAUAGAA